UUCAAACAUUUGGAAACGUGCUCAUAUAUGUUUUGAAAAUUGUGCUUCGACAAAAGAGAUAGCCACUGCUAACUAGUCAUUGACAAAAAGAAUGUAUAGCACUGCAUAUAUGUAGCAGGGUCCAAGGUGCCUUUUUUUUUUCUACAAAUGACCUAACCCGAGGAUAAAGGUGAAGGUAAUCGAGGCAUGGUCAGGUGCAAUCCGGUACGGAAAAGAACAUCGGUUCGAAUCGGAAAAAUCUAUGCAUGGUGACGACCGACGGAUCACACUCAUGUUUGUUCAUUCGCAUAUACAAGUGUUGGGUCCACUGACACACGUUCCAGCCAUCUUUUUUUAUUUCUUUAUUUUGGCCCCCUUUUUUCUUUCUUUCUUUUCUGGGCUUCUUUCCUUCGAAUCUUUCGUUUCAGCGUUUUCAUUCGUUCAUUCUUAUACCAUUUGUAAUGUAUGCGCAGGAAGAUCAAGUUCAAUCAAGCAGAGACGACGACACAGUAAGAACGGAUCAUCUACUGGUGCGGUCUCCUAUCGAACGUUCAACGUCACCGUCAGAGAACAUACAGCACGGUCCAUGUGAAUCGUCAGCGUGGCUGCUCAAGGACGCAUCCAGUCCAUUAGCCCAUGUGAAAUUAGAAUCAAUUUUAAACUUUGCGGCGUUUGAACUCUUGUCCUCGGAGACCAAGACGCAGCUAAUGCAGUUGUUGCCGUAUCCAGAUAAAUCAUCCGGUACGCUGUCACCGGCCUUUUUCACGCGCAAGGACAACCCAGUGUUUUGGCAAGCAGUGGAUAUCUGGCAGCAACAGUUAGCUUCCGGUCAAAGGGCGGAUUCCAAUGAAUCGACAAGAUACCGUGAGCCAUCGUGGAAAGAAUCGGCUUACGAAGCGUACUGGGGCGAACUAUGCAAUCGAGAGAAAACAACCAAUGUAGCAGGGGAUUCCAAAAAUAUCACUUUGAAGGACAUGUGCAGCAAGGGGCUGAUCCGCGAAAACGAUGUUAUGGUGUAUAAACGCAAUUUUAGCGCCUAUAAAGUUGUGGUAUCCAAAACAAUGAAGGUGGUAAAGGCGAGUGGGUCUUUGGGGGUGUCAAUUCAGCUGGACAACCAAGUGUUUGAUGGAUUCGAAACGCCAACAGCUUUGGAAACAAAGAUACUGGAUGAACACGGUAGAAUUAGUAAAGAUAGACGCCCCAACGGAAAUGCUUUCAAAAGUAUUCGAUUGUAUCGAGACGGCAAAGACUUGGGCCGCUUGUUCGACAUCCGCAAAGAUGGGCUGUAAAAUUGACAAGGACAGUGGCUUAGCCUUAAUACGUGACUCGUUGUUCUCGUAUUCCAUUUCCAUCUUCAUACUGCUAUUUUUUCAACCCAGUUUUGGCUUUUUUUUUUUUCGAC